AUGAAUGACCUCGAGAAGAAACAGCCCGGCUAUGCGCUGGGCGAUGUCGAUGGCUCGGAUUCCUGCGAUACAAUCACUGCCCUGGUGGCGGAAGAUCACCAGCAUGAGAUCAAGCUUCGGACCAUGUCGUGGCACAAGACGGCUUGCUUGCUCGCCGGAGAGCAGGUCUGCCUGGCAAUCAUGGCCCAAUCGUGGUCCCUCUCUGUGCUGGGAUGGGUACCUGGUAUCAUCACCAUGGUUCUGUGUGCCUUGAUCUUCUGGUAUACCUCGAUGACAAUGCACAAGUACAUCAUGAAGUACCCUCAAAUCAAAGAUAUCUGUGACUUCGGAUACUACAUCUUUGGGAAAAGCAAGGCCGCGUGGUACUUCUCGGCUUUCAUGUUGCUCGCCAACAACAUCCUACUCAUCGGAUUCCACAUCUUGACCGGCGCCAAAGUGUUGAAUACUCUGUCCGAUCAUUCGCUAUGCACAGCGGUGUUCUCGGUGAUUACUACAAUCAUGGGAGUCAUCAUGUCCAUGCCACGGACAUUGCACCAUGUCAGCUUCAUGUCGAUGUUCUCAUCCGCAUGUAUGGGAAUCGCCAUCCUCCUGUUCCUCAUCUUUGCAGGCAUUGAGUCUGCACCGCUCUACGGCUACAAUGGCAACUUUCCAACCGACGGUCUGGUCACGACCUACGCAUUCCCCCGCCCGGGAACGACCUGGGUGGCAUGCAUGAACGCCGUGCUGAACAUUACCUUCAUCUGGGUCCCGCAGAUUCUCUUCCCGACCUUCAUUUCCGAAAUGGAGAAGCCCCAAGACUUCCCCAAGGCCCUGGCCGUUCUCACUGGAAUCUCCUGCAUCCUGUUCAUUGUGCCGCCUGCCAUCGGAUUCCGCUAUCUGGGUCAAUAUUCCACAGCCCCGGCAUUCGGAAGUCUGGGCUCAGUCGUCUACAAGAAAGCAUCCUUCGGCUUUGUCAUUGUACCCACCCUGAUCAUCGGCGUGAUCUAUGCCAAUGUCACUGCAAAACUGGUCUACACAAAGAUCAUGGGUACAUCCCGACACGCACACAGCAAUACCUUCAUUGGCUGGGGAGCUUGGGGAUUGGUUAUGGUCGGAGUGUGGCUGCUCGGAUUUGUGUUUGCAGAGGUCAUCCCAAGUAUGGGCGACUUCCUGUCUCUGCUCAGCGCUGCAUUUGACUCCUUCUUUGGGUUCAUUUACUUUGCCAUCGCGUACUGGCAGCUCAAUCGGGGAUCACUGUUUGCAGGCCUGGGAAGGACAACAUUGACCCUGCUCAAUGUUUUCAUUUUCGCUGUCGGGCUGUUCAUUCUGGGUCCUGGAUUGUAUGCAGCCGUGGAGGCUAUCAUUGCCGAUUACUCGGCAGCCGUGAGCCCUGCUUUUACGUGUGCUAACAUGGCUAUCUAA